AUGGCAUCCAAUGUGGUCGAGAAGGCAAAGGACGUCCUGAACCUGAACAAGGACGACAUCAAAAUCGUUGGACAAAAGGUCCAUCACACUGGCUAUGGACUCAUGGGCUUGACAUGGAGAUCCAACCCUCCAUCGCAGGAGCAGUGUUUCGAGGCAAUGAAGACUGCCCUCGAGAACAAGUCCAAUUUCUGGAACGGAGGCGAGAUUUAUGGUACUGUGGAGAGGAACAGUCUGCACCUGCUUCGCGAAUACUUUGAGAAGUACCCAAAGGACGCUUCUAAAGUCGUGCUAUCCAUCAAAGGUGGCAUAGAAAAGGGUGGCCGCAGACCCGACGGAUCUGCAGAAAACACUCGACGCAGCAUUGACGAGUGCCUUACAGUCCUUGCCGGCACCAAGAAGCUGGAUAUCUGGGAGGCGGCUCGUGCUGACCCAACGACCCCGAUUGAGAUCAGCAUGCGAGCGGCAAAUGAAUACGUCAAGGCUGGCAAGCUCGGCGGUAUUGCUCUGUCAGAGUGCAGCGCAAACACCAUUCGACGCGCAGCCAAAGAAGUCAAGGUUGCGUGUGUGGAGGUCGAAUUCAGUCUCUUCUCGACACAGAUCUUGGACAACGACGUUGCAAAGGUCUGCGCAGAGCUUCACAUUCCGAUCGCGGCCUACAGUCCACUGGGUAGAGGAUUUCUCACCGGCCAGAUCAAAAGCCCCAGCGAUAUUCCAGCAGACGAUCUUCGCCACCACAUUCCCCGCUUCUAUCCCGAGAACUUCGACAAGAACCUCAAAGUGGUAAAUGAACUUGAGCAGAUCUCGAAGAGGAAAGGUUGUACUUCUGGUCAGGUCGCUUUGGCCUGGGUACGAGCACAGAGCAGGAAGCCAGGCAUGCCGACGAUCAUCCCCAUUCCAGGUGCUUCGAGCCCAGAGCGUGUCAAGGAGAACUUGGUCGAGGUUGACCUCAGCGAGAACGAUCUGAAGGAGAUUGACAGUCUCCUUGCCAGCGCGGAGAUCGCUGGUGGGCGUUAUGACGGCCCAUUGGCGGCGCUGGAGCAUGCUGAUACGCCAGAACUCAAAGAGUAG